UCAACGCGCUCUUGUAUAGAAACCGAUUCAAGUCAGGGCCUGAUACCUAUCCGACUUGCCCAUUCCUCUAAUAGCCAUUGUUCUACUGGGUUGCAAUAGGUAAUGCCUGCCAUGUCAACGCCGACAGUCACGUGACUUGCUCGACCCUCAGUCAGAGUGAAAUCUACGGGUGUAAGCAUUGAGCUAGAGACUCCUCCACUGUUAUAUGGAAAAGCAACAAACCCCAGUCGUAUUUUCCCGAAACGCGAGAAGAUAACCGAGCAUGCCCCUACCCACCACGUAACGCACAGCCUGAGUGACGUCACCAUCUGUUAGCUUGCACAAUGGGAAGCGGCGCGUCCAAGGAGACAAAUCGGCCGGCUACGGUCGCGUCACAAAACGCCUCCACCUCGUCCAGACCGUCAACGUCAUCAACGGGGGUCAAGCCGAGUAUGAAUGGUCGGACCAACAGCACGAUGUCUCGAAGCCAGACCCCACCCCCCGCCACGCCCACCAACAAGGCCAAAGGCCGAGAUCUUCAACGAGAAAGACUACAAAUUUGUCUUAGAUCAUGUCAACAAAGCACCCCUGAAGUUGCUGAGCGGCACGUUCCGUGAACUGGUCCAGUAUCUCACUGGCCCGGACUGGACGGAAAUAUCCAAGGUCCGAUCCAUCUUCCUCUGGUUGACAUCAAUAGAUGUCUACAACCUAAAGAUGGAGGAAGACCCCCCGAAACAGUCACCGAUGGAAUACUUCUCCAAGAUCCAGAAGAACCAGGGAAACCACGCCCAUCUAUUUUCUGGAUUGUGUCAAAUGGCCAACAUCCCCUGCAUGAUCAUCAGCGGUAUGAACAAGAGCGCCGCCUAUGAAAUCGGUAAAAAGGUGGACCGGAAAAGUAUGGGAGCCCAGUGGAACGCUGUCUACAUUGACGACUCAUGGCGAUUCGUGGACGCCUUCUGGGCUUCGGCAUGCGUAGUCGGCCGGAAGUCGGGGGAAUGGACGCUGGUAGAUUCCGACGGCAAAGUCGAUGACGAGGAGGAGGAAGCAUUGGCAGCAGAAGGGAUAACGGAACAUCGGAUCAACGAGUUUUACUUCCUGCCAGACCCGGACAAAAUCAUCUGGACGCACUAUCCAGACGAGAAGCAAUGGCAGCUGUUGGCCAAGCCGGUGUCUGUGAAGGAGUUUGAGGAGCACUUCUAUGUCCGAGAGCGGUUCCAUAUCCUGGACAUGAAGACCUUCCCGACCAGCCAGAUGAAGUGUACAGUCUCUACGAAAGACGGUGAAAUCAAUAUCCCUUUCCAACUCCCUCAAGAGUUGAGUGAACAUUACCGGUUUAAAUACAUGUUGUACAAGUCUCGUACUCAUAUGGAAUCCGAGAGCAAAAUAGACGCUUUCCUAGACAGGUUCGUGUUCUUUGAACACGGUAAAGACUUGGUUGACUUUUCUUUAAGGUUUCCUGUGAAGGGGAGGUUUAAAAUGGACGUGUACGGUUUGGACGUCCGGGAAAGUGACAUAUUUGACCUUGUGUGUACGUACUUGAUACAGUGCCCCACAGAAAAGAAGAACUGUCUCCCCCUCCCUGACUGCCCGCCGUUAGGAUGGGGGCCGGUGGGGAUCACAAAGAAAGCAGGGCUCCACCCUACGACCCACGACAGGGCUCUGAUAGAGACCAAGGACGGAAAGGUGACUGUGAGGUUUAAGACAGACCAGAAAAUUAAGAUCCAGUUGUCUCAGAACCUGAAGCACGCAGCCAUCGAUGACGCCACCCUCAGCAAGUACGCACUGACUCACCAAGAGGAUGGUGAGGCGGUUGUCAGUCUGAGACUGCCCCAGAAGGGAGAGUACGCACUCAAGCUGUAUGCCCAGGGGGAAGGCAAACCAGGAGAGGCCCCCAAUGUCUGUAACUACCUUAUCAAAUGUACAGGGGUUGAAGGAGGUGGUCAACCAUUCCCCAACUUUGCGGAAGGAUUUCUAGGAAAGUCACCUAUUUCUGAUGAACUUGGCGUAAAAGCCGUAUCCCAUCCUGGUGCUCAUAUUGACGCUAAGGAUGGGAAGGUGUCACUUAAGUUCAAUGCAAGGAAUGAUGUGGAGAUGAUAUGUGAAAUUCAUUCUAACGAUCCAAAGGCUCUGAAGAAGACAGCGGUGGCUACACGGAAUGAGAACGGGGAAUGGACGUUUGACGUGGACAUGCCCAAGGCUGGGGAGUACUCUCUAAACGUGUUUGCCAGACAGAAGGGCAACCCCAACAGGAUAUACAACGUCCACAGCUACUUGGUGGAAUCGACAGGGAAACCUGGCUACACUGACGAAAAGAUUGAUGACGAGAUUGACGGCGCCGACCUCGUCAUCCCUACGGAGACUGUGGAGACGUCUGAAGACGUUGUUGUGAUCCCAGUCCCGCCUGGUUGUAAGAGGGCUGUUGCCGCGGUGCACAGGCGUAACGCUAAUGACCCUCCGAGCAGUGACCAGAUUGAGUUCAUUUCCCAGGACGACAUGAACCUCGUGAAGGUCGAGCUGAAGGAAUACGGCGAGUACUUGCUCAACCUUUACGACAUCGACGAGAACGGCGUGGUCAAGAACGUGGCCCGGUACCAGGUGAACCGGAAGCGCCCUGGUGACCUGUAUAACACCAACCUAAAGAUGAUCAUGGAGACGAUGAAUGAAGAAGGAGGGAACACCUCCAAUGGUCGAGGUCCGUCUCUCUCGCCAGAGGACAACGAGGAGGACAAGCAGAAGAGAACAGAAGGUGGCAAACGACCAGGUGUUCAAAAGGGGACAGCUCGCAAACCGAAUCAAGAGGAGAAGAAGCGACACGCCAUGAAGCAGCUGCAACGAGCCAUAGACCUAAAGGACGAGAGACAGCUGGAGGCAGCCAUAGCGACGUAUAUGGAAUGCAACCCUGGUAAAGGCGAUGAGCUUCUGGCAAAGGCCAAGAGACUUCUAGAGGUCCUCAAGAUCAAAGGAGAACUAAUGGACGCAUCCCAGAAACGCGAUCUACCCUCGUUAGAUCGCGCCAUCAAACGGGCCAAGGAGACGAACUCGGACCACCAGCUUGACCUCCAGAUCGCAAUGGCGUCCAGGCUGCAGGAGCAUCUCCAGAAGAUCGAGAAGCUGCGUCACGCGGUGCUCAACAUGCAGCAGACGACAGUGUCCGAGCUUAGGAACUACUCCAAUCCCCCAGAUGGCGUUCAUCAGACUCUCAUGGCGACAUUCCUACUCCUCGGUCACAGCAUGAAGGACCUUAAGGUGUGGCGUAACGUCCAGGCCUUGAUGGGGAAGACGGGGAAGGAGUCGAUGAUGAGGAAGGUUUCCAACUUCAAACCGAAGGACAUCCCCUUGUCUGUCUCCCGCUCAGCCAGGAAGGUGCUCGACCCCAUCUCCAAGGAUCACAUCCGGGACGUCAGUGCUGGAGCUGCUACCUUCUACGUCUGGUCGAGAGGUAUGAUUGAAGAAGUAGAGUCGUACGGGGGAUCUGAGGCUAACGCUGCACAGAACAAGCUGCAAUACAAGGAAUAGGAAGAACAGGCAUGGCCAAAUGAUGAGCUUUGUACAGAGAGAUCACCAACGCACAGCCCUUGAUAUUCAGACGUGUCUUUGUGGCUAUAUUAAUUAUCAAAAAUUACCAUAGACCAUAUAUUCGUUGAGAAAAUCAUAAUGCCAAAAACAUGUAUUUUGGUCAUCAAGACACAGCACUGGAUAUUCAGGCGUGUAUUUGUGGCUAUAUUAAAUCUGAAAAUUACCAUAGACCAUAUAUUCGUUGAGAAAAUCACAUAAACCAAAACCAAAACAUGUAUUUUGGUCAUCAAGACACAGCACUGGAUAUUCAGGCCUGUAUUUGUGGCGAUAUUAAAUCUGAAAAAUUACCAUAGACCAUAUAUUCGUUGAGAAAAGCAUAAACCAAAUGCAUGUUGUAUUUGUUAUAAAGCCUACAUGGUGAACUUCAAGCAAGAUCUGAGGCUGCAUGUUCUGGCAUGGUUAUGUGUAGUUGUGAUACGCAAUCAAGUCAAUGUAAUAGUUGAUGAAGGCAACUAUGCGAUCGUGUUUAAUAUUUUUGUACACGUUGUUACGAGCCUUCCGGACAAAGUUUAACCAAAUUAUAUUUUAUAUCAGCAUAACCGGGCGUGCACGCCAUCCUCCGAAACAUCCCCUCAAACAUGACCCUGUUACAUUCCCUAUCCCAUACCGUUGGAGAAGUAUAUUUAUCAGUGUCCAACACGUGUAAAGUUGGUCUUGUUUUAGUCCAUGAAGUGACAGCGUCCGUCAUUCUGCUCCAAAUCUCUCUAAAGUGCCUGUGCAUCAAGAUCACAAUCAUCUAUCACGGAAAUUAUUCGUCUUAAAUAUAACUGUAUAUAGCGUCAACUUCGUACAUAUCUUCAGCAUACCCCCACUACAUUGUAGACCCGCCGCGGUAAUGUCACUGGUCCCGUUUAUUUCUGUUAUGUAGUAGUAUAGACGGUUACCCAGUUUGUUGUGAAUGAAACAUCUAUAUACAGACUGUACCUGUCUCUUCUGGGUCGUGUUGUUGUGUCCCCCUAUUCAAUAUAUGCAGGCUUUCCAUCAGUUACCGUAUAGGUCAUGAUAUUCCAAGCAGCAUUAAACCAACUUACGUACUGUUACGUCACGGAACAUUGCAUAUUCGUUCCAGGGCCUAGAUUUUCGAAGCUCUCUUAGCGCUAAGAUAGUCGUUAGUUUCAUACAUUAACAUUAACUUACGACUAUCUUAGCGCUAAGAGAGCUUCGAAAAUCUAGGCCCUGGAAUAUAGCUAAAGGCGGCGAAAAACCCUAAUUUAUUGUUAUUGGUAGACAUAAAGUAGUAGAAAUACAAUUUUCUUAAGAAAUGAAAAUAGAAUCCAAAUCGAGCCAUAAAUAUUAACUUAAGAAGAUCACAAUUAGAAGAUGUUUUGACUUACACCAAAUCAUCCGCGAAUCUAGUUGGAUUUGCUUAUGUAUUUACUGGGAGACUAAGUACGUGGCUAUAGGCAAAGUUACUUUAUAUAUAUGUGUGUUUAUAAAAAUAAAAACUUGUUAUUUUAUUAGAAACAGCGUGGUUAUAUUUUAAGAUGGUGAGUGGACAAUAUUUUAAGAAAAAUAUUAGUGUGUGCAGAGCAGGAACUGACUGUUAAUCAGAAACCUGCACAUAAACAGCGACGACCUGGUCAGGGCAUAUACGUGUACCCAUACUGUUUUAGGUGAUUGUUGUUGAAGGUAGAUUACGUGAUUCCGUCCUUUUUGUUGACCGUUAUGUUUACAAUUAAAUAUUGUUUAUAUUUUUAUGUCUGUUUUUCAUGUGGUUGUGUAUCACAAGACUUUGAGAACAUUUAAUGCGUGUGACGUCAAGGAUACCUGCAUGACGUAUGUAUUGGAAAUGUCACGCAAACGCUUGACUGGUCUCCAGCGUGCGCAACAGAGGAAGGGGACAGUACAAAAUUAACACCUUCUCAGCGCCGGCAGGUGGCACUCUUGUCUCGCAACCAUAGAUGCUGAGGUGCGAGUAAGAACUGCAUCGCUGAGAAGCUUGUGUCUCAGGUUGACCGAUCGUGUCCUUUGGCAGUAGAAAGUAUAGCAAUCUUCUUCAUCAGAGUAGAUCUAUAUUGUCGGCCCAAAUAUGUGUUGUUUCUAAUGUCUCAUAAUUUAGACAUCUGAUACCGGUAUGGAACCUGUGUAAUAUGGAUUGGUACGUGAAUAUAGUAUUCCGAAUUUCAUUGUAUAUAUGAUACAGGUUAUAUAUUCUUUGUAAUUCUUUGAAAUUCAACGGUUCCAGUACAAGACGAACGUUUUCCACACUGCUAAAAUACAUUUUCACAAUAUCCAGAUUACAUUCAGCAUUAAAAUUUCCGAUAUUAUUCCUUUUGUUAAUGUUUAAAUUUGCCUGCAGCAUAUUGUAUGUACAUGUAUAUUUGCAAGACAAUCUCACCAUGCAGUUCUAUUGUUGUGCGCAAUAUCCUCAAUGAACAAAGUCUACGAGGUUAUCGCCCUUGACACAUCGAACUCCAGGUGCAUUCGUCACCACUCGCCCCUUUCCGUAACCUCGCUAUUCGGCUUGUCCCGGAAUAACACGAGUUGGUCACGAAUGCUCCAGGUGACGAUGUCAUCAAGUUAUGGGUAUUGACGAAGCCUAGGCCUGUGAGACAUAUCUCCGUACUCUUCGAAGUACGUCUAUUUUAGAUAUACUGCUUAUAUAAUUAUAUUUACAUAUGUACACGUCAAGCUGAAAGUAAGACUGCUGUAUAUUCAACGUGUUUACCACGAGCUGUAGCAUUCGUCACCACUCGACCCUUUCCGUUAUUCCGGAAUGUCACGAGUGGUCACGAAUGGAGUCAUUCGUGACCAACUCGUGUUAUUCCGGGACAAGCCGAAUAACUUCUUGGAGGGUACGGAAAGGGGCAAGAGUGGUGACGAAUGCUCCAAUUCGGCUUGUCCCGGAAUAACACGAGUUGGUCACGAAUGCACAGAAGUUUGUUCAGCCUGGAUGUACAGGAAUGAUUUUGGAAUUUAUUAGCUCAAUACAAUGACGUACCCUAUCGUUCUUGCCACUGCUGCUGGUCGUGAAUAUACAAUGUAUUUUAUAUCAUAUCAUUGCGAAUCAUUUUUAGUGCAAACGUUUGUAAAUGACUCUUUCAGAAAUCUAUUGGAAAAACUGCUUUUAACUAUUGAGACGUGUUGAGAUGUCUGAAUGAAGCAUUGCAUGUACCUGUGUGUCUCAUUGUACAUGCUUUACAUUGUUGAUUUGUACAAGAUAUAUUUAUCUGAACAUGUUGAUAAUCUGUUUGGAAUAAAGAUCAAAGAAUA